CUUCAAGCGGUAGCAAGUGGCACCACACUCUUCAAGAAGUCUGCGAUCUUUAUUCCUUGAUCUUGAACGAAUGGCUCGAAAAUUCAAUAAGCAGAGUGCUGACUCACAUGGUGACGAGAUCCUCCGAUUUCCCUCCCUUCUUCGAAGUCUUCAAAGGCAGUCGAAUCCAAAGGCACCACUCCCUCGACGGCGCCCCUGCCCCUGUCAUCCCCGCCGGCGUAGACCCCGUCACUGGAAUUCAAACCAAAGAUCUCGUCUUUUUACCUGAAUCCGGCGUCUCCGCGCGAAUUUUUCUCCCUAGUGGCGUUCCUCAAUGCUCUUCACCACACAAAUCGCCGCUUCUAGUUCACUACCACGGCAGAGGAUUCUGCAGCGGAUCAGCUUUUGACGUAAGUACUCACAAAUACAUCACUUCUCUCAUCACUCUCACCAACGCUGUCGUCGUUUCCGUCGAGUACAGGCUCGCACCAGAAAACCCGCUCCCUAUUGCCUACGACGAUUCGUUUGCCGCGUUGCAGUGGAUCGCGUCCCACUCGACCGGGCAUGGACCCGAGCCCUGGCUCAACCAGUGCCCGAAUCUUAAUCGAAUUUUCAUAGCCGGAGAGAGUGCCGGUGCCAACAUCGCCCACCACGUGGCAGUAUGAGCUGGCGCCACUGGAUUGGCUGGCGUGAAGAUAGUUGGAAUGAUUUUACUGCACCCAUUUUUCGGGACAAGCGAGGAAGAUGAGAUGCACAAGUUCAUGUGCCCGACGAUUUCGGGUCGGGAUGAUUACCCAAAGUUAAACCCAGGAGUGGAUCCGGAUCGGGGAAGAUGGGAUGUGAGAAGGUGUUGGUGUGCGCGGCUGAGAAAGAUGGGUUGAAAGAGAGAGGAGUGAAGUAUCAUGAGACGUUGGGGAAGAGUGAAUGGACCGGCCGGGCGGAUCUGAUUGAAUCCGAAGGAGAGGAUCAUUGUUUUCAUUUCACCUGUUCAACCCUAAUAGCGACCGGGUGGGCCCGCUUUUUAAUCUCAUUGCUGAUUUUGUAACCAAGUCCUAAAGCUGCGUGGUUCCAAGUGGCGACUUGGGUAUGGAUUAAUCUUGGAGAUUUGGAGUAUUAUCUAUCCAUGUUGUGUUUGUGGUGUGCAAAUUAAACUACAUUGUAGUAUGACUCUGUUGUGGCCAAAGAAAAAAAAAAAAACUACACUGCAGUAUUA